CCUCACUCUUUUGGCUACCUUGUAGGUGGAGGAGUGCAGACUUGGGCAUGAUGGAAACAUUUACCUCCUAAUCAUGGGCAAUUUGGAGGAUCACAGACCUGAGGGGUUUGAGCUAUCUACCUAGAAGUCAUGGGCAUUCAAUUUUGUAAAGAUGGUAAGAUAUGUGAUAUCGUCCUUCAAGAUCCUGAGGAAAUUAUUGUGGUGCAAAAGAAGCAAGCAGAAAAAACUCCAAAACCAAAACCAGAACCAAAACCAAAACCAGCACCAAAAUCAAAACCAGCACCAAAAUCAAAACCAGCACCAAAACCACCACCAAAACCAAAACCAAAGAAAUCUCCUGACCUCACAAAGCCAGCUACAAAGAUCCAGGCCUGGUGGCGGGGCACGCUGGUGAGGAGGACAUUGCUGCAUGCUGCCCUCAGUGCAUGGACCAUCCAGUGCUGGUGGAGGCAGAAGCUGGUCUGGCUGCUGGAGAAGAAGCGGAGGGCAGCGCUGGAGUUGUAUGCACAGCAAACAUGGGCAGCUGUGAGGCUCCAGUCCUGGUACCGCAUGUGGCGCAUCCGCCAGCGGUACUGUCAUUUGCUCAAUGCUGUCCGCACCAUACAGGUCUCCUGGCGCUGGCACAAAUGCCAUACGCGUGGUUUUUUCCAGGGCUGCUAUGAGAUUACAGGUGACCACCUAAACCUUCACCUCGACAUCUUCCUAGGAUCCCAGGUUUGUCGCAUUACAGACUGCAUCCCCUUUCCAAUAAAGAACUGACCAAGUCUGCUCCAAA